UGUAAAUUAGGUACUAAGCCUGAACCAGGAAAUUAAUCUGAAAGUAUUCCAAAAUUUCAACAAGACCUGAAACAUACAAUGAGUAAAUAAUUAAAUAUUGUGUGAACGAGAGAUGUGUAGGGAAACGCCACUGCAGCAAGUCUAAACACAGUGAAGUGCAGCUCCAGUGUUCUCUGAUUUGAUAUCGUGCUGAUAUUCUGUGGACAACUUAUAAAUUCAUUGCAUUCAGUUCUCAGUCUGCGUGUUAAGAACAAUCUGAGGAUUUGGAGAUUUCCUAUUCUGGAGAUUAAAAUAUAUAAACGACAACAUUAAUGAAAGAAGCACAACAGAGAAUUCCUGACAUCUUUGCCUACGAUCACCCCAACAGGCAUGACAAUCGCUUAAUAAGCCUCCCGAUCUGUUUGUGAAUCUGGUCAGCAUUGAAGCCCAGAACUGCUCCAGUGAAGACGUGUCCCCAAAAGCAAAGAAGAAUGCAGCCCUCGGAUUCAGUGAAACAUCUCUUGGAUGCCUUCUGGACACUGUGGAGGCCCGCCGUGAUGUCCAAUACCCGUGUUCUGGCUGCAACAGGUCCAACAAUCUCACCACUCUGGCUUGGGAGGCGGUGGCAGUGGUGGUCAGUGCCAAUGCUGCACAGAAGAGGCUGGCCAUACAUUGCAGAAAGAGGAUGAAGGAUUUCAUCUGUGUUGCCAGGUUCUGUGAUCUUCAAACGAAGUAUUUUAGAAGGUUCGACCUGUUUCCUGAAGUUCCGCCUUAAGUCGAAAUUCCAGGUGAAAGGUUGAAGUACGCCGUGAAAAGUGAAACUGGGCCACAGACUCACCAAGGAAGUUUCAGGUGGGAAAGCUCGCCCAGUGACGACCCAGAGCUGAGGCCGACCUGGAUACAGUGAACAUAAAGCAGAGCCUGACAGAGACACGGUCUUAAAAUAACAGAAACAGAAGCUUCCUGACAGCCGAGGUGGGCGGAGUCAGAAGCUGAUCACGGAUUUACCUGAACCAAGAAAACAGCACGAACUGCCACAAGGUCCUGGAAAAAUCCACUGAAUUGCACGACGAGAAGCAACGAUGCAUUUACUCUACCCUCCCAGAUGGUGACACCUUUUUUCUGGCGAAAGCAACAGUUCCCCCACAAUAAAGGCUAGACCGAUGACUACCUGUUUCGAGACGAGAGUAAUUGAUCCGAUUGAGACCUGGAAAUUAAACACCUUCACCCCUGAGAAGCUGGAAGUGAUCAGGGGAAUAUGAUAGAAAGUACAUCCAGUCCAGAAUGUACAUGAUUGGAGCAGAACAAGCCAGAAGGAGCUUGCAGACUUUGCACUGACAAUUGAUUCUGCUAAUAAACUGCAAAUGCCCUUUGGAUCCGGAGUGAGUGCAUUAAAACCCAUCCGUGCCGGUUCUGUGCAAAUUCCAUACCUGAUCUUUUUGCUUCAAAACAGCGUUGCACCUAUAACAGCUGUUUAAUAGUUAAAUCCAUAUUAGACAUUAACGCUCUCCUAAGACAUGCACCCAGUGUUAAAUGUCGACGCCACCUCCACCAAGUUAUUUGUGAUCGACAUAGUGUUAAGACUUGAUUAAAAACAAAAAAAACACUGCGGAUGCUGGAAAUCCAGAACAAAAACUGAAUUACCUGGAAAAACUCAGCAGGUCUGGCAGCAUCGGCGGAGAAGAAAAGAGUUGACGUUUCGAGUCCUCAUGACCCUUCAACAGAACUUGUUAAGACUUGAGCUGGAUUGAACUCGAAAGGCAGCACUGAACUGCAGAAGGCACGAGCAGCAGCUUCGAUCAGAAGCCUGUGAGUCUCAUUUCGUGCACAGUGUUUUCUCCUGGGAAACUUCCAGGCUCAGUAAAUGAGCGUGCAGCUUUCGCGAGCAUCAGUCUGAGAUGGGAAAUAAACAACGGCACUGUUGAAAGAAGGAAGACCGAGAUAAAGAAAUAAGGAAGUGUGCCCGCAAGACACUGGCUGAUCUUACAGGAUAGCCUCAGACCUGUGAACCAUUGGAACCAUGUUCUGUGUGACUGUACGGUAAACUGCGGCAGCUUUUCAGCGUACCCUCGGCUCCCCAAAAACAACAAAAUAAUAGUUGGACAUGUGUCCAGGACUGUUUUAUUCCGCGACACUAAGGAACUCUUGGGGAGGUUGAAUGAGAAAGAUUGUGCUGAAAUCAUAAUAUGUUAUGGCUGGGAUUUAGAAUAUCUACCAGCGAAGAGCUUACUUUAGCGUAAAGUAUUUAAUUCCUGAGAUUGCUGCCCGGGUAAACCUACAAUUUGGAAAGUCUCUUAAUCUCAUGCUUGCACGUCUUUGUGAAUCUAGGCAGCACUGACGAUUUCUGUCACAGAAACCCAUUUUCCAGGACCAUCUGAGAUGUAUUGCUUGCUUAUUUAAUACCUUAUUGAGCCAAGCCUCGAAAAUAUAUAUUUUUUUUCCUUUUGGCUAUUUGCGGACAUUUUUUCUCUCCCAAAUGCCUGAGCUUUCUGAGAUCAUGUCUGGCCGUUUCCCAGCAAAUCCUUCCCGAAUCCAGCACAGUAUCCUGGAGGAUCAGGUGGAAUUGUGGUGGUUCCAAGAUUUUAAAAGAUCCAUCCUGUGCUAUUCUGUGGCUGUGAUCUUGAUUCUAGGAACUGGGUUGGGAGGAAUUGUUUUAUUAUCCACAGCUACUGGUAAAUCGAGUGAAUGGAGGCUGGGAGUAGGGACUGUCCUGUGCCUUUUAGCCCUAGCUAUCCUUUUAAAACAGCUGCUGAGCUCUGCUAUCCAGGAUAUGAACUGCAUGAGGAACCGGACCCAGAUUGACAAAUUGAGGAGUGGGGGGUUGAUUGAUUAUCUGAUUAUUUUAGUCGCUGGGUUGAUAACACUAGUCUCUGGUUAUGUAUUGAUAAUGCUGGCAAAUUCUGACCCUUAUCCUGUUAGAUCCUGGAGUGACAUGUUAAUUGCAGGUGUUGCUAUCACUUUAGCUGGCUCCAUUGUCCUCCUCUCAUUCCUGGUCUACAGUUUAACUUGCAAAUUCUGUCCCCUUAUAGUGGCCAGCUCCCCGAACAGAAGGGUCCCAAGUGUUUAUGUCAUAUCAACGGGCAAUACAGAGGCGAGGCCAAGGGAACUCUCCUCCAGUACUGCCAACCUGAUAUAAAAUGGGCACUGACCAAUUCCACCAGGAGCUUCUCUGAAGUUGAGAUGGCUGCACAAAUUGGGCAUGUUCAGCUCAUGCUUUGAAUGGUGAAAACAGAAACACUUACAGGUUAACUGCAUUAAAUAGCCUUUAACAAUACCAAUUAAUGCGACUUGAUAUAAAUUGUGAUUCAUUUGAGUCUAAUUAGUAACUCUGAGAUUUGUAAAUCUUAACUUAUAGCAAUGAACUGUAGCUGGAGAGGUGAAUUUUGAAGUUUCUGCAUAACAUGUGAACCGAGUUGUGAAAGUUUUGAUAUUCGCUGAUGUAAAUAUUAUAACUCAAAGAUGGAUGGGUCAUUGAUUUCAAAUUACUGUUACCUCACUAGCUGUCAUGAGUUGCACUCACACAUUUUGAAAAGUUCUUUUGAUCCAGGGCUUUACAGGAUGAAUCAAAACUAAUGGAAAAUAUAAGCGCACUUUCUAUGACUGAGUAGAGUUUAGCUGCUUAUAAUAAAUGCAAUUGUUAAAUAUUUAGGAGUGGAAUGAGUACAUCUCUUCAAGUAUCUCCCACAUCUCUGUUAUCUAAACUGCCUAAUCUGGUAUAACUACACUCAUUUAAUGAUCCUGUACCUAUUACAGUAUUU